AAUCAAUCAACUAUAUCCACUUCUAACCUUCGAUCAAUCAGUCAAUCACUUAACCAGUCUUCUAUUAAGCCCGUCUUAUACAGAAAUGCAAUCUAUCAUCGUAAUCGUCGCUGCGGCCCUUGGUCUUGCCUUGCCUACCAUUGCCAUGCCUCUUGAAGGCUCUUCCGCGCUCGAAGUCCGAGGAACUACGAACUAUAUUCUUACUUGUGAGGAUAAGCUCUGGAAAGAUGCCGCAUCAGAUGUCAACGGUCGAGAACUUUUCACCUUUGUGUGCAUCACAAAGCUCGGGUGUGCGCACUCAGAGGCUCCUUCUGAUUCCGCGAAUGAGUACAUUGGCGGCUGCCUCGACUGUCCCGCGAACAUCAGAACUGACGCAUUUGGUGGCUGCGUUAUUGUUAAGCAGUAAGUCUGCGUCUGCUAAGGGAAAACUGUACCAGUACCAUAGAGUAGCAAUUUGUAUCUAUUAACCUUGCUUAAGUUAACGUAAAUACUAAGCGAGUGAGCCAUCAAAGCAAGUAAGCCACCCAACCAACUUUACGCACC